AGCCAUCGUUCUUCGCCUCUCUCCGCCUUCAUUUUGCCGCUAUCCCACCCUUUGCUGCUAGCUCUACGGAGAAACAAGCUCUCGAUCAAUCAUGGCGGAGCAGACUGAGAAGGCAUUUUUGAAGCAACCAAAGGUUUUCCUUAGCUCGAAGAAAACUGGCAAGGGAAAGAGGCCUGGAAAGGGAGGAAACCGCUUCUGGAAGAGCAUUGGGUUGGGCUUCAAGACUCCCAGAGAAGCCAUCGAAGGAACAUACAUUGACAAGAAAUGCCCCUUCACCGGCACUGUUUCCAUCAGGGGUCGUAUCAUUGCUGGAACAUGCCACAGUGCCAAGAUGAUGAGAACAAUCGUUGUUCGUCGUAACUAUCUUCACUAUGUGAAGAAAUACCAGAGGUAUGAGAAGAGACACUCUAACAUCCCGGCUCAUGUCUCACCAUGCUUCCGUGUGAAGGAAGGAGAUCAUGUUACCAUUGGGCAGUGCAGGCCUCUUUCGAAGACCGUUAGAUUCAAUGUGUUGAAAGUUAUUCCAGCUGGAUCUUCUGGCGGCGGAAAGAAGGCCUUCACUGGGAUGUGAGAUGUAACGCACCCAGUUUUCUUGUGCGUUAGGCUGAUCGAUGAACCUUUGUUAGUUCGUUAUGUAAGCUACUGGUGAAAUUGAACAGUCUGGUUUUGGCAAUCACUUGGAACAAUUAGAAGCCUUUCUUGUCUCUCAACACUUUGAUUAUAUGUGGAUUGUUGCAAACACGAUAGCUAUUUUGUUUUGGAUGCUCAUUAACAUUGUAUGUGGUCUCCUAACAUUAUGCAAUCCACAUCGGAUCAUAUCGGGAAGGAUCGACAUGUGGUUUCAAUUCCCUUU